AAAGCAGGAAUCUGGAACCUUCUCUGGUUCAAGUCUAGCCCGGAAUCCACGGGAGACAUUUGCCUAGCAUGUGCGGGACUAAGAAAGUCCCCCGAAGAGGUCUCUCAGGGUAGGAAAGAACCUUCUCCUGGGAAGGAUCCCAGCUUCCUCCCUGAAACUCAGGUCUGCUGCUGGGCCUCAGAACAUGAACUCUGUUUCCUGCCUCCCAAUGUUAAGAUCUCCAUCAACAGGAGAAAACUGUCAGAAAAUUUAAAAGUGCAGUGUGUCCCCACUGAGGUGUCAGCAACGGAAAAAGGAAAUACAGCAAAAGGCCAGAUUCUGAGGACACGUGUGACGAUCUUCCAUUGCAGACAUUUGGGGAAUCGCUUUUCCGGAAGCCAGAAUCUGAGCCCUGAAUUCUGGCAUGAAUGGGUUCUUCUGCUAUAGGAAGGGGGCUGGAAACAUCUUGAUUUUUAGGAGUGAAGAGGGCAGGUAAAUGGCAUUCAGUUGGAGGGUCUUGCUGCCUGACUCUCAAAGAAGGCCAGAAAUUUCUUGCUGUCUGGAACUCGCAGUACUGAGCAGCAAUUCGACUUGAUAUAUGCAGGCCUACAUCAAAAAUGGACUUCGGCAUUGCCAAGCCAGAUUAAGGAAAAGUGCAUCUGACUUUACUCAGCUCUGAGCGUUGCAUGAGUCAAACCUCUCCCUAGCUCUCUGUUUGCAUAAUGGGGUCCACGCUGAUGGAUUCCUGGCAAUGUAUCCUUCAUGACCAAAAUCCAAAAGGGGACAUUCAAGUUGGCUCCCAAAGAGCUGCUGCAGAGCCCCAGACACUCGGGAGCCGAUUGUGAAUGGGGCGAACGUCAUCCCUCAACGCGCGCCGAUGCUUUGUGAGCCUUUUGGGCCAAGUCAGCGAUGCCAAGACUUGUUUUUCGGGCAUGUUUGCCAGCCCUGGCUCUCGGACAGGAUUGGGAGUCUCCCCAGAUGUUACUGAAGUAAAGAGGGAGAUAGUAGCUGAAUGAUCUCUCGCCGUUCCCAAAGUGCGCAGGGAAAGGAAAGUAGAUUUUCCUUUCCAAACCCCAGCUUGCUUUCUCUGUCUUGAAAGACACACUUUUUCGGCAAUCCCCCCUGGUGACAUCAUGCGAGUGGAGGUUAUAUAACUUAAGACAAGCACAUUGCCACAGAGCUUCCCAGAACAGAGAGCACCUCGGAAAGCAGCUCUCAUCAUCAGAAAGUCCAACUGAAGGUGUGAGUUCUUUCGUUUUCUGCCCGAGUCACUGUGGAUGGCAUCUUGGACCGCCCUAGAGCUCCAGUCCUCGAACCAGAGCCAGCUCCCCGCUCCCAAUGCCACGUCCUGUGACAAUGCCCCGGAAGCCUGGGACCUGCUGCACAGAGUGCUGCCCGUAUUCAUCAUCACCAUCUGCUCCUUCGGCCUCCUGGGAAACCUUUUUGUCCUGUCCGUCUUCCUCCUGUCCCGGCGGCGACUGAACGUGGCCGAAAUCUACCUGGCCAACCUGGCGGCUUCCGACCUGGUAUUUGUCUUGGGCUUGCCCUUCUGGGCAGAGAACAUCUGGAACGAAUUCAACUGGCCUUUCGGAGCGCUCCUCUGCCGUGUGGUCAACGGGGUCAUCAAGGCCAAUUUGUUCAUCAGCAUCUUCCUGGUGGUGGCCAUCAGCCAGGACCGCUACCACGCCCUGGUGCACCCCAUGGCCAGCCGGAGGUGGCGGCGGCGGAGGCAGGCCCAGGCCACCUGCGUGCUCAUCUGGGCCGUGGGGGGCCUCCUGAGUGUCCCCACAUUCCUGCUGCGGUCCGUCAAGGCCGUCCCAGACCUGAACGUCUCCGCCUGCGUGCUGCACUUCCCCCACGAGGCCUGGCACUUUGCCAGGAUCGUGGAGCUGAACGUGCUGGGUUUCCUCCUGCCCCUGGCUGCCAUCGUCUUCUUCAACUGCCACAUCCUGGCCAGCCUGCGAGGGCGGGAGGAGGUGGGCAGGACCCGGUGCGGGGUCCCUAAGGACGGCAAGACCACGGCCCUGAUCCUCACGCUCGUGGCUACCUUCCUGGUCUGCUGGGCCCCCUACCACUUCUUUGCCUUCCUGGAAUUCCUGUUCCAGGUGCGAGCCCUCGGAGGCUGCUUCUGGGAGGAGUUCAUCGACCUGGGCCUGCAACUGGCCAACUUCUUCGCUUUCACCAACAGCUGCCUGAACCCAGUGAUUUACGUCUUCGUGGGCCGGCUCUUCAGGACCAAGGUCGGGGAACUUUACAAACAAUGCACCCCUAGAAGUCUCGCUCCAAUGUCCUCGUCCCAUAGGAAAGAAACCCUCCAGCGUUUCUGGCGCACCUAAGACAGCAGUGAACCAAGAA